AUGCUUAAAGCAGCUGGUUGCCAUAAUGUAACUCCAUUUGAAGAGGAUGAAUCUAAGCCAAUACUACCAUAUCUAAUAAAUAAUGGCUUUGAUCAUGGUUGUUGUAAAGCGUGUACAGGGUGUAGAAGACCUAUUAUGCCAUUUGAAACUGUAGAAACUAUCAUUCAUAAACCAAUAGUUGUUGUUGUAAUUGAAGAAGAAGAAAAAGACAAAGGUAUCUUAUGUGAAGAAAAAGAAACGGUCGAGGAAAAGCAGGAGGAAGAAGAGUGUUCUGAUGAAGUACCAGCUGGAGCUACACCUACACCACUUGUAUUAGAAGUACCCGAAGAAGAAGAAAGAAAAAAGGUGGAAGACGAUGAUAUAUUGGAAGGAAAACAUCCUGAUGAACAACAAAUUGGACCUACACCGGAAAUCCAAAUACCAGAAUCUAUCACAUCUCUUGAGGAGGAUGACGAGAAAGAAUUGGAUGGUGAUCAUCGCCAAUGCGAAGAAAAUAAUCAACAACCUUGUGAAGAAACAAAAGCAGAAAACCGUUAUGAAAUAACGAAAUAUACCGAGCAACAGCAAAUAGUAAAAUAUCCCGAUGAAUAUCUAAGAGAUGAUUACGGAGGUGAAACAACGGAUUAUGACGUUGGAUAUGGAGAUGUUAUUGUUGAAAAAGAUGAUGAUGUUCAAUCACAAGGAAUAAAUUUAUCUAUUCAAUAA